AUCAGUCCAAGGACAUUACUCUGGAGGCGAAGAGCCUGGGACUCGCGAGGCGAGCGGCAAGGUUCGAGCCUGCUUACUGCCCACUGCCCGCCCGCCAGCCGCGAUCCGCCUGCACCACUUGGUGCAGCCUAGCUGGGAGGCCGGUACCCAGGGAGCCUCCUGGCCCCGCGCUCCGGGUUAGAGGAGCGGUGCCCGGGACAGGAUUGGCAAACCCCGCCCUCCACUUAUUAUUUUGCUUAUUUUUCUUUGUGCGCUCCUGUUAGUUUGUUGAAGCAGAUCUAGUCCCAGAGCCUUUUCUCCUCCCUUCUCCUCCCUCCUCCUUUCCCCCACCCUCCCCCCGCUCCUUUUUCUUCCCCUCCUCCCUCCUAUCCCUCUGCAGGAGACUCUCGCAGCGACGGAAAGUUGCAGCUCCCGGUAGCGCCUAGGGAGUCUCCCGGCUGUGUCCAACCGCCGCCAUCCCUCUCCGACUACGGCACUUCGGAGAUAUCCUUCGCCUGCACCCUUGCUCACUUCGGCAGGAUCGCUUGUAUCCAGAACGCCCCACCUAUGACGAUGCUUCUGGACGGAGGCCCGCAGUUCCCCGGGCUGGGAGUGGGCAGCUUCGGCGCCCCGCGCCACCACGAGAUGCCCAACCGCGAGCCGGCGGGCAUGGGGCUGAAUCCCUUCGGGGACUCAACCCACGCUGCCGCCGCCGCUGCUGCCGCCGCUGCCUUCAAGCUGAGCCCGGCCGCGGCGCACGAUCUGUCUUCCGGCCAGAGCUCGGCUUUCACACCGCAGGGUUCGGGCUACGCCAACGCCCUGGGCCACCAUCACCACCACCAUCACCAUCAUCACGCCAGCCAGGUGCCCACCUACGGCGGCUCUGCCUCCGCCGCCUUCAACUCUACUCGCGACUUUCUGUUCCGCCAGCGCGGCUCCGGGCUCAGCGAGGCAGCCUCGGGGGGCGGGCAGCAUGGGCUCUUUGCCGGCUCGGCGAGCAGUCUACACGCUCCAGCUGGUAUUCCUGAGCCUCCUGGUUACUUGCUCUUUCCCGGGCUGCAUGAGCAGGGCGCUGGGCACCCGUCGCCCACAGGGCACGUGGACAACAACCAGGUCCAUCUGGGGCUGCGCGGGGAGCUGUUCAGCCGUGCUGACCCGUACCGCCCGGUGGCCAGCCCGCGCACGGACCCCUACACAGCCAGCGCGCAGUUUCCUAACUACAGCCCCAUGAACAUGAACAUGGGCGUGAACGUAGCGGCCCACCAUGGGCCUGGCGCCUUCUUCCGUUACAUGCGGCAGCCCAUCAAGCAGGAGCUGUCCUGCAAGUGGAUCGAUGAGACUCAGCUGAGCCGGCCCAAGAAGAGCUGCGACCGGACCUUCAGCACCAUGCACGAGCUGGUGACGCAUGUCACCAUGGAGCAUGUGGGGGGCCCGGAGCAGAACAAUCACGUCUGCUAUUGGGAGGAGUGCCCCCGCGAGGGCAAGUCCUUCAAGGCGAAGUACAAACUGGUGAACCAUAUCCGAGUGCACACGGGCGAGAAGCCCUUCCCAUGCCCUUUCCCGGGCUGCGGGAAGAUUUUUGCCCGCUCUGAGAACCUCAAGAUUCACAAGAGGACCCACACAGGUGAGAAACCUUUCAAAUGUGAAUUUGAAGGCUGUGACAGACGCUUUGCUAACAGCAGCGACCGCAAGAAGCACAUGCAUGUGCACACCUCGGAUAAGCCCUAUAUCUGCAAAGUGUGCGACAAGUCCUACACGCACCCGAGUUCCCUGCGCAAACACAUGAAGUGUUGUCCUGCUUGGUAUCCGGGACAGUCUCUAAUUCCUGAUGAAGAACUUGAUACUGACGUUGGUAUGCAGCAACCAGCCCUCCAUAACACUACCUAUCCUAAAUGCAGGGUUAAUGCCGAGCCUACUGUGCAAGAAAUGAUUUACUGAUGAGGUUCCAAAGAAAACCACAUCAAUUUGGAUGUCUGUUACCUUGAAGUGAUCAUUUUAAGAGCAGUAGCUUCUCCCCUAGGUAUGAAAAGACUAUUUUCUUCUUUUGGUGUAUUUCAUUCUGUGUUGAGCAAUCAUUUGUGAAAUGAGAAAGCAAAAAAGCUCCCUCCUCCAAUUUAGGAUUUAUAAAUGGGAAGAUGGAGGUAAUGACUGGCCUAAUUCAUAACCUAGUAUGCAUUAUCUAUCUAAUGCUCUGUUGCAAAUCUUCCUUCCAGUAUCCGUGUUCCACACGUAAAACUGAAGUGUUUAAAACUAGAAACAUGAAUACUUGUUUUGUUGAUUUCAUAUGUUUGUGCUCAAAAACCUAUACCCAGGAUCCGUACAAUUGUUAUUUGACUUAAAUAAAGCAAUUUAAAUUA